GCUGCCUACCAAUGGGCGGUCACUGUGUGUGUUUAGGGUGAGGUCGGGACGAACCACGUCCGGCGCGGGGGGCGUGUUCGGCCUGUACCACUUCUUCCGUGUGGCAGCUAUGUGAGAGCAGACACCACACCCGCACCGGCCAUGGAGCUCUUUCAAGCCAAGGACCACUACAUCCUGCAGAGCGGGGACCGGGCCCUGUGGUGCAGCCGCCAUGACGGGACCUUGUGCAGCCGCCCCGCUACAGACCUGCUCUUGGCCUGGAACCCCAUCUGCCUGGGACUGGUGGAAGGAAUAAUCGGGAAGGUGCAGCUGCAUGCAGAUCUCCCCUGGUGGCUUUUACUCAUUCGUCAGAAAUCAUUGAUUGGAAUCCUCCCGGAAAACCAUGAAAUCUACAAAAUCACAAAAAUUGCUGUUAUUCCGCUGUCUGCAGAGGAACCCCAGGACCUGGAGCUGGAGGUCCUUAUAAACUUGGUGGACCAGACAGGCCGGGAGAAGAUUAUUGGUGACGCUUACAUGAAGCAGGUCCUGAUGUUUAACUGCCCCAACCUGACCUACGUGACCUUCGACUUCCAUGAGCACUGUCGGGGUAUGAAGUUUGAGAAUGUGCAGACGCUGACGGACGCCAUCAAUGACAUCAUCAUGGACAUGAAGUGGUGCUGGGUGGAUCAGGCGGGUGUUAUCUGCAAGCAGGAGGGGAUCUUCAGAGUAAACUGCAUGGACUGUCUGGACAGGACCAAUGUAGUCCAAGCCGCCAUUGCCCGAGUGGUCAUGGAGCAGCAGCUAAAGAAGCUUGGAGUAAUGCCGCCAGAGCAGCCGCUGCCGAUGAAAUGCUACAGACUGUACCAGAUGAUGUGGGCGAACAAUGGGGACGCCAUCAGCAGACAGUAUGCUGGGACAGCAGCAUUAAAGGGGGACUUCACGCGUACUGGAGAAAGAAAGCUAGCUGGGGUGAUGAAAGAUGGCGUCAACUCUGCGAAUCGGUACUAUAUCAACCGCUUCAAGGAUGCCUAUCGGCAGGCGGUGAUUGACCUGAUGCAGGGCGUCCCAGUGACUGAAGAUCUUUAUUCCAUUUUCACUAAAGAGAAGGAACACGAAGCUUUACACCGGCAGAGCCAAAGGAACCAUCAGGAGCUGAUCAGUCAGCUCCUCCAGAACUACAUGCUGAUGCUGCUGCCAGAUGACGAGAAGUUCCAUGGAGGAUGGGCCCUGAUAGAUUGUGACCCCAGUCUCAUUGAUGCAACUCACAAAGACGUGGAUGUCCUGCUGCUGCUCUCUAACUGCGCCUAUUAUGUGGCCUACUACGAUGAUGAGGUGGAUAAAGUGAAUCAGUACCAGCGAUUGAGUCUGGAAGAUUUAGAGAAGAUUGAGAUUGGUCCUGAACCAACAUUUUUUGGGAAGCCCAAGUUCUCAUGUAUGCGUCUGCACUACAAGUACAAGGGAAAUGGUGGCUACUUUCAUACCCUGCGGGCUGUGACUCGGAGCCCUGAAGAGGAUGGAAAAGAUACCCUAUUGUGCAUAGCAGAAAUGCUACGGAUCACAAAGCAAGCACUUGGGUCAGAUGUUUCCAUCAUUGAGAAGAAGCUGGAGAGGAAAAGCAGUAAACCUCAUGAGGAGAUAAUGGGGAUACGUUCCAAAGGAGGGAAGCUGGGGAUCAAUAGUGUUGGCCUCGCUCAGAGCAAGAACUUCCUGAUGAGUAAAUUUUCCUCUCUCAACCAGAAGGUCAAACAAACAAACAUUGGAAGUUUACGGAAGUUAGGAACCUUUAACAAGGCAGAAGUGAAAGGAUUCUUGAAACCCAACCUGCAGGUCAGUCUAUGGAAGUCUGAUAGCAGCCUUGAAAAUCCUGGCAACGAUGUCAAAGGUCACAUGGAAUCAGACCUGGACCUUUCUUCAGAUAGCGAUUCAUUUCAUUCUGACGACUACAUUCCCAAAUCUGAUGACGAAGGACAAGUCACAGGCUCUCUGGAGAACAUUGGUCAAGUAGAUUAUGUUCUCCCCAGCUGUGGAAUCAUUGCCUCGGUCCCCCGUCUGGGGAGCCGCUCUCAAUCAAUCAGCAGUGCCGAGAUUAAUCUUCACAUUCCUACUGAGAUUCAGAUCACCCAGUGUCAGGCUUCAGCAGAGGAUAAUGUCCUCAUAGAUUUUGGGACCCCCAUCGAGGCAUACUGUCAUCAGUUUGUUCAGGAUGCACAGACCAAAGACUGCCUUAAAGACAGAGAUGAGAAAGAGGAGCAGAAGAUGGAGCAUGUCACACCAUGUAGUAAUUCCGGGGAGAUCUCAUCCACCACAAAGGAAUUGGAAGCUGAUUUACAGAAGCGUCCGUCUCAGCUCGAUGUGUCUGUCGGUGACUCUGAUCCUCGUAUGUUAUCUGUAGACCCAGCUCCGCUCUCUGGACGGUCCAGUCCUGGCUCAGGCUCUGCAGCUUCUCCAGCUGAUAGUAGUAGUCGAGCGGUAUCUCCAUUCGCCAAGAUCCGUAGUUCAGUAGUCCAGGUAGCAAAUAUAACUCAUGCUGGACUGGCUCAAGGGAUUAACUUUGCUGUGGCAAAAGUACAAAAGUCUCCAGAUCCCGAGACCACUGUGGUCACCCAAAAAAAUGAUUUUAAAGAAAUGUUCACCCAGUGUCAAACACGCAUCAUCCAGAUCUGAGUGACCGGACAUGACUGCGCCAGCGUCCUUCCUCCCACAGCACUGCGCUCAGUCACAAGAAUGUUUACAGUUUUAAUUUAUUUUAUAUCUCUAUUUUUCCAGGCAGAAUUUUUGACAUUUGUGGAGUCUCUUUACUUAAGACAGACUUUGCUUUCAGAUCAGGAAAGUAGUUGUGUUUUUUUUUAUUUUUUUUUUAACUACUAUUUAUUUUGCCUCUUACACUGUACAUAUAGAUGCUGCCACCUGACACUGACACUUUUUUUUUGCACAGUCUUCCCCUCUUUUUGCCUUAAAGUAUUACAGUCCUUUUAUAAGAGCGCCAUUAAGUGGAUCCCAUGUAAUGAAGUUUCUGAAAGAGACUUUACACUGGAACGUCCUCUGCAAUACAAAGACAACUCCUGUUAGCUCUGUGGCCUGGUCGUGUCUGUGGUAGCGCAGGCCCAGUGUGGUGUAGAUGUGUGUACAUGGUAAUGUCCUCGGUGCCUCCGUCAUGACUUGUAUUUAUUAAUGUGUUUCUGUCACCUUGUCCGUUCCUUAUUUGUAGUGUUUUAAAAGCAGAAUAUUAAGAUGUCUAAAGAAAAGGGACCUAUUUUAAUAAAAAAAAAAUACAUACAAGGCAAAUAA